AUGGCCCUCACAAUGCUGAAUGGGCUUCUAGUUGAGGACUUGAGCCCACCUAGGCUGCUACUACACCAAGUUAGCGAGACUCCCCAGCUGGAUUCUCUCAACUACCAGAGCUGCUUUAUGCAAGGUAUCUUUGCCAAUUUCCCUGAGAUCCUAUUUAUCCACCGAACUUAUAACCCAAGAGGCAAGGUGUUAUAUACCUUCCUGGUGGAUGGACCUCGGGUACAGCUGCAGGGGCCUCUUUCCCAGGCAGUCUACUUUGCCAUCCCUGCCAAAGAGAAUGCAGAAGGCGUGGCUCAGAUGCUCCAGGUGUUCAAGAAGUUUAACCCAGCAUGGGAGAGAAUCUGUACCAUCCUGGUGGAUCCCUACUUUGUCCUGCUGCCCACUCUGGCCAUGGAGUUCCCCAUAGCUGAGGUCUUGCUCUCAGCCUUCCAUGUGUGUAAGUUCCUCCAGGGCAAGUUCUAUCAGUUGUCCCUGGAGCAGCGGGUAGAGACAUUGCUCCUGACCUCCCUGCAGAACACCAUGUGCUCAGCCACCACAGGCAACCUGAGGAGGCUGCACUCGCUCCUGAGCAGCUAUAUUCCCCCAGCCCUCCUGCCUGAGCUCCACUCACACUGGCUGCUCAAUGACCGCAUCUGGCUGGCCCCCCGCUCGAGAAGCCAAGCCCAGAGCAGCCGCUACUUCCAGAGCCUCGAGGUCACCACCAGGAUCCUCAGUCAGUCUUUUGGCACUGCCCCAUCUGAGAAGCAAGGCAUAGCCUCUCUGUUUUGCUACAUACAGCAGAACCCUGGAGACAAAGCAAGUUCCAGCCUGGCGCUGAGGCCCCCAAAUCAUCAUACCACCUCAGAUGUCAGCCCCAAAGUCCAGCAAUUGGUAGAAGCCAGCAUCCAGCAUUCCCUCAAUGCCAUCUGCACAGCGCCAGCAGCCCAACUCUGCUUGGCCGAGUUUGCUGUGGUCCAGAAAUCCGUGCACCUCAUUGGCUCUGGCUCAGAAAAGAUGAAUAUACAGAUCCUAGAGGACACUCACAAGGUGCAGCCCCAGCCCCCUGCCAGCUGCAGCUGUUACUUCCACCAGGCCUUCCACCUGCCCUGCCGCCACAUCCUGGCCAUGCUCAGUGCCCGCCAUCAGGUGCUCCAGCCAGACAUGCUGCAGACUCAGUGGACAGCGGGCUGUGCCACCGGUUUAGACAGCAUCCUGGACAGCAAGUGGGAUGAGGCUCUGGAUAAGCACCUGGCAGUGACUCUCCUCACCGAGGAGGUGCGUCAGCUCUUACAGCAUUGCAGUGAGGAUGAGUUUGAGCGGCGGUUCAGCACCCUGAGGGAACUAGCCGACAGCUGGAUUGGCCCUUAUGAACAGGUGCAGCUGUGAUGACUCCAUACCCAGAGAUGCUCCUGCACCUGUGCACAUCCACGUCUUCCUACCAUGCACGUGCACACACACACACACCCUCCCUACCCUCACACCUGGGCUUUGUAAGCCUUCCUUCCAGAAACAAGACAAAACUCUUCUACUCUGCCUGCUCAU